AUGGGAUCGGAUAGAAGCCCGGGUUUUGACGGUAUGUCGGCUAUGUUCUAUCAACAUAAUUGGCAUAUUGUGGGUUCAUUGGUUACUACUGUGGUUCUUCAUGUUCUUAAUGAGGGGGAAACUCAAAGUGCUUUUCUUCCGAGUCGAUUGAUUACUGAGAAUGUGCUCGUGGCUUUUGAGCUAGUUCAUAAUCUCAAGCAUCGCAAAAGAGGUUCAAAGGGCUAUGCUGCACUUAAGCUUGACACAAGUAAAGCCUUUGAUCGAGUUGAAUGGUCUUUCAUUGCCGCGGUUAUGGGAAAGAUGGGGUUUAAUAUCAGAUGGAUUUCUCUUAUCAUGAAGUGUUUGACAACUACUACUUUUUCUUUUCUCAUAAAUGGUACUGUUUCUGGAAAUGUUACCCCUCAGAGAGGACUUCGACAUGGAGAUCCACUUUUACAAUUUGAGGAAAGAAUUGGUAGGCUUAAAGGUUAUGCCAUUUCUCGAAGAGCUCCAUCAAUGUCUCAUCUUUUUUUCACAGAUGGUAGUCUUCUUUUUUGCCAAGCGGACUGA